UGUUUCUUCUUUGAAUGUUCAAAUGUGGAUUUAAAUGUUGCGGGAAUUUAAAUAUGCAUAACAUGGUCCACAUUAGUUUUAUUGAAUGGAUUAUCAGCGUAAAAUUAAAUGGGUAAUGUCAACAGGAGAUGAGCUAUGCUGAAAGGAGACAAGAUGGCUUUGUUGUCAGGGGCAACCUUGAUCAAGUGGCUUAUUUGGGUCACCACAUUCUGCUUAGCAACAGUUGCCAUGGCAGCGGGAGAGUUCCAUCUCACAGACCUGCAUUUCACAAAGGACAUCUACAAUGUGUCUGUGCCAGAGAACUCCCUGGGGAAGACUUUUGUCACCCCAUUGUCAAAAAUGGGGAUUUACCUUCCCGAAAACAAGAAUGUUAAAAUAACAUACCACUUGGUGGAUUCUGAGGAUGAUCUCUUUAAAGUUGAAGACCAUCAAGUGGGUGACUUUUCUUUCCUCCUCAUAAGAACACAUUCCGGGAGUUAUGGACGAUUAAAUCGGGAGUUUAGGUCUGAAUAUCGAUUGAAAGUUAAAGCAUUAGCCGAAAGUAAUGGAAUGACAUUUGAAACUAGUACGGAUGUAAAUGUUUUUGUAUCAGAUGUUAAUGAUCUGCAACCGUUGUUUGAUAGCAACAGUUAUGAGGUGACCAUCGCAGAAAACAUGCAGCUGCAUGAAAGUAUUAUGAAAGUAUCUGCGUAUGAUGGGGACGAUGGAAUCAAUGCACAAAUAUAUUACAGUUUCGCAGACAAGACAAAUGUUUUUGCUAUUCAUCCAACAAGUGGUGUUAUAACAUUAACUAGACCUCUCAACUAUUUUCUGCAGAAAGAAUAUCAAUUGAAAAUCCUAGCAUCAGACAGAGGGCCGGACAACCAACAAAAUAUGCGUAAACGGCCAGCAUCUUUGACGCUGCAUGUUAAACAAGUGAAUUUUUUCCCUCCUGAUAUUUCUGUUAAGAAAAUUCCUAAUGUGAUGAUACCUGGUGAUAAUAAGGUGGUUCUUGCCAUUGUUAAUGUUCAGGACAGAGACAUUGGGACGAACGGACUGAUCCAGUCAGUGAGUAUAUUUGAGGGAAGUUUGGAUGGACUUAUUUCCCUCGAGAAGGGGGAACAGGAUACAGAAUACAGGGUGCUAAUGAAGCCUUCCACCCAACAGUCCAUUCCAAUGCCUGGAUUUAGUGUGACUGUACAGGCCACUGACCAAGGUGAUCCUCCUCUACAGCGCAAUGAAACUUUUUAUAUAAGCGUGUAUGAUGCCAAAACUAUACCAAAGUUCUCAAAUACAGAGUUCCAUGUUCAGAUAAUGGAAAUUGCUCCUGUGAAUACACCAGUGACUUUUGUGACAACUGUAAAGAGUUUGAGUCAUUUUGAUGUACGCUAUGAAAUAGUGGCUGGCAACACCAAAAACUUAUUCAAAAUCAAUCAUAUUUCUGGCCUUAUUACCACUUCCGCUUUACUUGAUGCUGAGAAAGUUAGCAAUGUGCAGCUGAAAGUUGUUGUGUAUGACGCUGUUCGCAAACACCAUAGAAACAGUGAUUCUUGUAUCGUUAACAUCACAAUUACCGAUCACAAUGACAAUACCCCAGAAUUCCAUAUCACUGACAAUGUGUCUGAAAUCUACAUCCAAGAAAACCUUCCUGUUGGUACAAGCAUUUUCACAAUAGGUGCCAUAGAUAACGAUAAAAACGAAAAUGGGAGACUGAGUUUUUCGAUUGUAAAUGAGCUGUUUGUUCCAUUUGAUAUUGAACCUUUUUCUGGGGUGUUAAAAACCAAAGCUGUGCUUGACUAUGAAACAAUGCGACAUUCUUAUAAGCUUAAUAUUCGGGUGGCAGACUGGGGUACGCCAUUCUUGCAAGAAAACGAGAUGCUAUUUACUAUCAAUCUUCAGGACUCAAAUGAUAAUGAACCACACUUUGAAAUGGGGGAAUGUUCUGGAUUUGUAUCCAGGCAUGCACCAGUAGGAACUGAAAUUCAUAUUGUUCCCGCCAUAGAUUUUGAUAUAAAUGACAUCAUCCAGUACAGUAUCAUAUCAAGCAACGAAAAUGGUUGUUUUUCCAUUAAUGGUGAAUCUGCCAGAAUAUCUUUGAAUUGUUCACUGGCCAAUCUUCCAGAAAACCGGCUUUAUAUCCAGGUUUUAGCGAGAGAUGGAAUCCAUAAUUCAGAUCCUAUUAGUAUAGAUAUUGAGCUCAUUGAUGAACAAAACACUCCUCAUCUUCCGGAUGGUUAUGUCAACAUCAAUUGUAAAACUACAGACAUUUAUCAAAGGUUGCAGAGUCUUGUCACUUUAUCUCACAAAAACAACGAACCGACAGACUUUGGUAUAUCUAAGAAACCACAAGCAGUUGUUGUGAACACCGCUCCUGAAUUCAAUGACAGUGUUCCAACAAGUCUAGAGAUCUCUGAAGGACUUGCUGUUGGCUCCGUUAUUGCUAGACUGGAAGCAGUAGACACUGACUCGGGCUAUAACGGAGAGUUGGUUUACGUUAUUCACUCUGGUGACAUCGAUGGUUUCUUCAAGGUGGACAUGUUCACUGGAGGGCUCAUGAUCAUGUCUCACUUGGAUCGGGAAUUACGCGAUGAAUACCAGCUGGUAAUAGUUGUCUCUGACCUCGGAUCUCCUGCUCUGUCUGCCAAUGUCUCUGUAUCAAUCAAAAUCAUUGAUGAAAAUGAUAACCCUCCAGUGUUUGAACAAAAUGUAUACAAAGCAACAAUAUCUGAAAAUAUUAACGUCAAUGCAACUGUUACACAAGUUUCAGCAACAGACAAAGACACUGGUAAAAAUGCUUUUAUUCAAUAUGCCAUCGUGUCAAGCUCAGAUCUAUUUUCAAUUGAUCCCAACAAUGGAAUUAUCAGGGUUCAUAAGCCUCUUGAUCGAGAAAAGUACCCUGUUUACACAGUCCUGGUUCGAGCCUCAGACAAGGGUGAAAAACUGGUGAGCCUAAGUUCAACAGCUACAGUACUGGUAGAGUUGACAGAUGUUAAUGACGUGGUGCCGGAAUUUACCCCGAACCUUUACAGCGUCAGAAUUCGGGAAGAUCUGCCCCUUGGUUCUGUGGUCACGGUUGUUACUGCUUCUGACACUGACGAGGGCAAACACGGAGAAGUUUCAUACCAGCUCGUGUAUGGGGAGGAUUUCUUUGAAAUCGAUUCGGAAACCGGUGUUAUUAGAAUCAUUAAAAGCCUUGAUUAUGAAGUCCAGCAAGUGCAUAACAUCAGUGUGCGCGCUCAGGAUGGGGGUAUCCCACCCCUUAUUUCUGUGUGCUUCAUUAAUAUCGAAGUUGUGGAUGUAAACGAAAAUCUGCUUGCUCCAGUGUUUGAGAAUUUCUAUACAUAUGGAUAUAUUAGCGAGAAUGAACCAGUGGGAACGACGGUGAUGUUUGUCAAGGCUUAUGACCCUGAUGGAGACGGAGUUACCUACUCCAUACGUGAUGGUUCCGGUCUUGGAAGGUUCAACAUUGAUUCAAAUGGUACUAUCAUGACCAGCCAGGUACUGGACCGUGAGACGGCCACCCAUUACUGGCUGACGGUUUAUGCCCAGGAUCAUGGCUUGGUUCCCCUGCACACGCGGCUCGAGGUGUACAUUGAGGUCCGUGACGUGAAUGACCACAUUCCUCUACCAUACCAACCAGUCUACUACGGCAGCGUCAGGGAGAACGACAACAACGGGUUUGUGACCCAGGUUCAGGCGUUUGACCUUGAUCGCAACCUCAACCAGAGUCUACACUACGAAAUCACUCGUUACGACCCUCUACAUUUCUUCCAGAUCGAUCCUAAAACUGGUGUGAUAAGUUCCACGGGGAAGCCUUUCGAUAGAGAGCAACAGGCUGUUCAUCAACUUGAGGUAACCAUAUCUGACCAAGGGGAGCCACCACUGAAGUACGGCGUACGAGUGUUUAUAGACGUGGAAGAUGACAACGACAACCGGCCCGUGUUUAACCAGCGCAUCUACCGCAUGCAGUUUCUGGCUACGGCACAUCAGGGGGAGGACAUCCCUGUCUUUCAAGUGCUCGCAUGGGACGAUGAUGCGGGAGAAAAUGGGAGAUUGUCAUUCGAAAUACGCACGGGCAAGGAUGACUCAAGAAUUUUUAACAUUCACCCUGAAACUGGCAUGAUCUAUGCUACAGAUGAUCUAAGCUUCGGAGACAUACAUCAUUUUGUGGUUCGUGCCUUUGACCAUGGUGACCCUAAGCCACGUCGUUCGACUGUAAAAAUUCGAAUUGAAGUUGUUGAGAGGCUAAAGCGAUCGCCCCACCCACCCCGGUUUGCAGCCAGAAGUUUUUCCCGGCGUGUGAUGGAAGAUGACCGUGUCGGCCAUCUUGUGGACCUUUUCCAAGCAGAGGAUCCAGACAGGGACAAUCUGUUCUAUACCAUUGUUGAUGGCGACCCUGGCCACCAGUUCUACAUCGGGCUAGACGCGGGGAGCCUGAUGGUGGCUCGACCCCUUGACUGGGAGACAACUCCCGCAUAUAACCUCACCAUACACGUCACUGAUGGAGUCAACAGCGACACUGCCACGGUGUACAUUGAAGUGAUUGACGUCAAUGACAACAAACCUCUGUUUACCACGACGCACUAUGAGGGCAGUUUUCCCGAGAGUGCACCCAUCGGCACAACCCUACUGAAGGUGAAGGCCACGGACGAUGACAACAACAAGCUGAUAUACUCACUGCCAGACUGCUGUAACUCCCAGACAACACUUGACCUGUUUGACGUUGCAGCGGAAACUGGCGCAGUGCUGGUCCACAGCCCACUGGACCGUGAAGUGGCCACCCAACAUAACCUCACCGUGAUGGUGAGUGACCAGGGGCUGACCCCUAACUGGAACUACACCCGAGUCACCAUUAACGUUGUGGACCACAAUGACCACCCUCCAAUGUUCCUGGCCACAGAGUUUCAGGGGCGCGUGUUUGAGACAGCCGCCAUCGGGACGUCCAUACUUCAGGUGGCAGCUGUGGAUCAUGACCGAGGACACAAUGCUGAAAUCACAUACUCCAUUUUAACAGGUAACAUUGGUGGGACAUUCACAAUUGAUCGCCUCCUUGGUACGAUCUCUGUUGCAAAAGAAAUUGACAAAGCUGACAAGACGCUGUUUGAGCUGGUUGUCAUGGCAACCGACCAGGGUGACACUCCCUUGUCAGCAUCCACCAAGGUGACCAUUACAGUGACCAUCUCGGACAAUGCCCCACCCAGAUUUGAGGAGACCCAAUACAUGGCAGAACUGCUGGAGAAUCAACCUGUGUUUACCAACGUGUUUACCAUAUCAGCAAUAUGCCGAUCAAGUCUCAUUUAUACCAUUAUUGGUGGCAAUGAUCGGAACAUUUUCUCAGUAAAUCCAAAUUCUGGAGUUGUUUUCACCAAGAAGCAAGUGGACUUUGAAACUGACCAUUCAUUUAACCUCACAAUUAAGGCCACCAGUGUUAUUCACUCUUCAGCCAUGACACAUCUGCUCAUUCAUGUUAUAGACGAAAAUGAUAAUGUUCCAGAGUUUUUGCAGCAUGAGUAUGUAGGCAAUGUCACAGAAUUGGCUGAGCCCGGCACCAUUGUCCUUGACCAGUAUGGUGAGCCUCUCGUUAUCAGAGCCACAGACAAAGAUUCUGAUCUGAAUGCCUUGUUGAUCUAUGAGAUCAGAGACGAGUAUGCCAAGAAAUUUAUAACCAUUGAUCACAACACUGGGGCAAUAAGAACAGUCGCUGAGCUUGACAGAGAAGCCGUUGAGAAGAUCGAACUGUCCGUAGAGGUUUGGGAUAUGGGUAAACCCCAGCACAGAACACGGCUUCCUGCUAGAGUCACCAUAUACGUGGAUGAUGUGAACGAUACGCCCCCUAAGUUCUCAACAGACUCAUACACUGCACACGUUUUUCUACCAACGUUCAGUGAUGUGAUUGUCGUUCAAACCAUUGCUACGGAUGAUGAUUACAAUUCCAAGCUUAGAUAUCGCAUUACUGAAGGUAAUUCUGACAAAAGAUUCAGAAUUGACAAGAACUUGGGUGCAAUUUACAUUGAUAAUGCAAAAAACAUGGAAGAUAGCUAUAAACUAAAUGUACAAGUAAGUGAUGGAGUGUUCACAGCUCUGUCAACAGUGGACAUUACAGUGGCACAUCCUGAAUACAGUCCGUUCACAUUUACCCGAGCAGUAUACGAGGCCAGCGUGAUGGAGAAUAUACUCAGUGAAGAGACUUUAAUCGUGAUCAUGGUGGCCGACCGAGCCCUCAACCAGCAGUAUUCGUUCAGCCUGCUGAAUGGCAAGGGGAUGUUUGAGGUUGGCCUCACCUCUGGCGUGCUUACCACUACUGGCGUUGUGUUUGAUAGAGAGGAAAUAGCCCUUUACAAUCUCAUUGUGGAGGUGCAUAGGCAGACACCAUUCAGUGAAGAGCGAGCUCAUGCUGUUGUCAAGGUAACGGUGGAAGAUGAGAAUGACAAUGCCCCGAUGUUUGUGCAACAGCCAUAUCAUUCCGUACUCGUGUAUGAUGCUCCUCUCGGUCAUAUAGUAAAACAGGUGACCGCUGUUGACCGUGACGCAGGCCAGUUUGGACAUGUGACUUACAGUUUAAAGAGAGAUGGUGACCAUGGCAAUAGGUUUGCCAUUGCCCCGGAAACAGGGGAGAUCACUGUGUUGAAGCACCUGCAGGAGUCUGAUGUGGGCCAAAAGAUUGUUCUGACCGUUUCCGCUGAAGAUGGGGACAUUCCAUCAAAGACAACUGAGACAUCCCUCCAAAUUGUGGUAAUCAGCCAGGCGUAUCCAGUGUUUGAUCAGCUAAUCUACCGUGCAACCAUCCCAGAAUACAUCCCGCGGGGGUCGGCCGUCGCAACUCUCUCCGCCAACAGUCCCACCGGCCAGAAACUCAUCUACACUAUAAUGGACGGAAACUAUUACGGCGAUUUUGAUGUGGAUUUUAACAUUGCCAUGGAUAUUCAAAGUCCAUGUGUGGUGACAGUGCAUGGUGUGUUGACUCGAGCCAAGCCCUCGUAUAACCUCACCAUACAGGCUAUAGAGUUGAUGUCCGGCCUCACCGCUACCUCCUUUCUCAUGAUUACAGUUCAGGAUGUGAACAACGAAGUACCAACAUUUACCAGCCACUUGUACAGGGCCUCAAUAUCGGAGGCUGCCAGUAUUGGGGCCUCAGUGCUCACUGUGCUGGCUACAGACCCUGAGCCAGGAGACAAUGGAUUGGUUCACUACCGGCUGGUGCCCAGCAAUGCUGGCGAUCAGGGCCUAGACUGGUUCCACAUUGGUGAUGAUACCGGAACUAUCUCAACCCGAAAGUUUCUUGACAGGGAGGACCAGCCCGAGUAUAAAUUGUUAGUUGUGGCGUCAGAUAGUGGAAUACCGGCCCUGUCGGCUACUGCUACGGUUAUAGUAACAGUCACAGAUCUAAAUGACAAUGCACCGACAUUUAACCAGCGGUCGUACCACUGCACCAUCUCAGAUCAGAUAGCUCGUGGCCAACUAGUCACCAAGGUGUCAGCAACUGACCUGGACUCGAGCAGCAGGUCAAAACUAAGAUAUGCUAUCAUUGCUGGCAAUGACAGACAGACAUUUGAUAUGGAACCGGAAAAGGGAAUCAUCUCACUCUCUCAGCAAAGGAUCCCAGACUUGUACCUUGCCUAUAACUUAAAUAUAUCAGUCUCUGAUGGAGUUUUCUCAAACUUCGCUAGAGUCAACAUCAAGGUACAGACCAGCAACAACAACGCCCCGAGGUUUGAUCGGCUCAUCUAUGUGGCAGAGUUUCCCGAGAAUUACGGGGAGGGUAUGCUUGUUACACAGGUGCGGGCGACAGAUGAGGACGAUGGCACGUUUGGCAUGAUUCGCUACUCCAUUUCCAGCGAUGAGAUGCAGCAGUACUUCAGGAUUGAUGCUGACACUGGUGAGAUGUACUCAGUACAGGUUCUGGACCGUGAGAGACAAUCUGUGUACUCCGUCCCUGUAGCUGUGUCCGACAAUGGUGGUCGCAUGACUUUUACAACAGUCCAUAUCUCAAUCAGGGAUCAGAACGACAACGUCCCACAAUUCCUGGCCCAGGAGUACAAGCAGACAGUCCUCGAUUCAACGCCACUCAAUUCUACAAUAAUGGUGAUUCAAGCUGAAGACAAAGACAGCGGUGUAAAUGGGGAGAUAGUGUAUGAGUUUUCCCCGGGUACAUCCGCGCGAGUCCAGCAGUUAUUCCACCUCCACCCUGACACCGGCGUCAUCACCCUUUCUUCCAGCCUAAAAAACUCUGUUGAUGAGAUUUUCCAGUUCUUCGUGCAAGCCAGUGAUAAGGGUGAUCCACCAAUGAAAAACAACGUACCAGUCAACAUGUGGGUCACAGACAAUGACGAUGCUCAACCAGUCUUCUCUCAGCCAUCCUACUCAUUCUUCAUGCUCGAGAAUGAACCAGUCUCCACUGUCAUAGCAACAGUGAAGGCCAUGAGUUUUUCACCGCUGGAAUACAUUAUCGUCCCUGGAUAUACCAAGAGCAGUAACUCUCCUGCCAGGUUUAGUAUUGACAGUCAGGGGAAGGUGAGAGUUGCUGCCCCUCUCGAUAUGGAAACCAACAGCGUUUUUAUACUUACUGUACAGGCUCAGACGUUAAGUAGCCCACCCCUCGUGCAAGAAGCCACUAUAAACAUAAGAUUAAUGGAUGUCAAUGACAAUUACCCAUAUUUUGAGUCCAAUCCCUACCAAAUCACUGUGCCUGAAAACUCCGAAGCUGGGAUUGAUAUAGUCCAAGUUGUUGCUCAUGAUAUGGACAAGUCUUCAAGGUUUAUUUUCUCGUUUGGAGAUGAUGUCAGAAAAUAUUCACACCAGUUUAGCAUUGACUCAACAACAGGGGUAAUAACACUGUUAUCAGAGUUGGACAGGGAGAGUCAGGAGUUAUAUAACCUGACUGUUUGGGUCAAGGAUAGUGAUAGCCCAGAUGCCCUUCAGAACUUCACCAUUGUCCAGGUCAAGGUCAUGGAUUGUAAUGACAAUCCUCCCAUAUUUUCACGCGAACAUUAUCAGGCUGCCGUGAAUGAGGAUGCUUAUGAAGGAACUAUUCUCAUGACCUUGACCACUGUUGAUAAGGAUUUGACCUUCACCUCAGAAACCCAUUACUACAUCACAGAAGGGGAUCCCGAAGGGAAAUUUAGGAUCAGAGCUGAUGGAGAUGUGUUUGUUAAUGGACAGCUAGACAGAGAAAGAGUCCCCCGCUACAAACUGACAGUUGCUGCCACAGACGGUGCUUUCGUUACCACGGCAACACUUACAAUAGACAUUCUCGAUGCUAAUGACAACACUCCAGUCUGUCACAAGCCCGUCUAUGAUGAGAGUGUGAGUGAGGAUGUGACGCCAAGCUGGGUGAUCUCCACCCUGAAAGCCUCUGAUGCCGAUGAGUAUGGAUCCCUCAGAUACGAGCUGACUGGAGAUGGUGCACAAGACUUUUACCUGGAACCAAACUCUGGAGUGUUGACUGCUGCCCGCCACCUAGACAGGGAAACAAUUGACCGCUAUCAGCUCACCGCUCGGGCGGUGGACAUUGGUGGGAAAUACUGCUCCAUGGACAUCAGACUGACCAUUACUGAUGUGAAUGACAACAGCCCGGUUAUCCAGCCCAUACAGGGUCCAGUGAGUGUGAGCGAGGGGGCCGUCAUUAACACCCUAAUAUACAGGGUGUCCGCCUCUGAUGCUGACCUUGGAAACGAUCGUCAGAUCACAUUCUCUCUGACGGGGAAUCCGGAAGGUGUGUUUAAAAUUGAUGAGAAGAGCGGCCUUAUACAACUGGCUAAACGUCUGGACAGAGAGAAAACAGACCAUUACACCAUCACUGUGCAUGCUGCCGAUAAGGGUACACCUCAGCUGACCAGUGAAGUUGACAUAGAGAUAACUGUGACAGACGAGAAUGACAACCCACCAGAGUUUGAACAGACCACAUAUUGGGCCUCCGUGCGGGAAGACGCAGCCAUUGGUCAGUACGUGGCCACCGUCAGGGCCUCGAGUCUAGACACUGGAGUCAAUGCCCAGAUCUCAUUCUUCAUACAGUCUGGCAAUGACAAGGACAAGUUUACAGUCGAGGAAGACACUGGUAUAAUUCGCACUGCUGGCUACCUGGACCACGAGACAGUCCCUGGCUAUGUUCUCACCAUACAAGCCCAAGACCACGGGGAGGUGCCCCUGACCAACACCGCAUACGUACAGAUCAAUGUCACAGAUGUGAACGACAAUCCGCCAGUCUUCCUGCAGAAGGAGUAUUCCGGGAUGGUUCGGGAGGACGCACAGAUUGGCUCAAGAGUCUUACAGGUGUUGACGGCUGAUCUGGACAGCGAUCCCCUGAACAAGGCAGUCAACUUUUCCCUGGUGGGUGGGGACAGUCUACAAGUGUUUGACAUUCACCGCACCGAUGGGUACAUCCUCGUUAGAAACAUGCUCAACAGAGAGGCCAUUUCCAGCUAUACUCUACAAGUGAGAGCGAGCAACUACCAUCUGACGGCAGAGACAGUGGUGAACAUUGAAAUUCUGGAUGCCAAUGACUGCCCGCCAAGCUUCUCUCAGGAGAACUACACUGUCUUUGUACAGAUGAACGACCUACUCUCAGAGAAUAAGAAGGUUACAUCCUGCAUCCUGAAGUUUGAGGUGAGCGACGAUGACCUUGACCCAAAUGGAGCACCCUUCACCUUUGACCUGAUUGGCCUUGAGCAGGAUGGGAAGUUCCGCGUUGAUGAAGAAGGAAACCUAUGUAUUGCGGGUGGCUUGAACCGCCAGGUCACUGCCACAUACCUUCUUACAGUGCGAGCUUUUGACAGUGGGACACCAGCAAUGUACUCCGAUGUCAAGGUCAUGGUUGAUGUGAUAGAGGAGAGCACCUACUCACCCGAGGUGUCGAACCUUGAUGUUUACAUUAGCUCGUACAUGGACGAAUUCCCUGGAGGUGUCAUUGGUACUUUAAAAGCCGUGGAUGGGGACACGUUUGACACAUUGGAUUACACUGUCGUCUCAAUGCAUAGAAACUUGUUCGACAUUGAUAAGAAAGAUGGCCGAGUGAUUGCGUUUGCUGGACUUGACGCAGGAGCCUAUAAUGUCAAUGUUAGCGUAACUGACGGCAAGUUUACAUCAUAUGGCAACGUAAAUGUUGAUGUUACCAUAAUCACGGAGGAAAUGAUUGCUAAUGCGAUCACCAUUCAAUUUGCUGACAUGAGUCCUCAAGAUUUUUUCAAAAUCCACAAGAAAGAUUUUGUCAGGAUUCUGAAGAGGGUAUUUAAUGUAAGGACCAGAGAUAUCGCAAUCAUAAGCAUACAGAACUCAGACAGCACAAAUGGCAACAUCGCAGAAAGAAAGCGGCGAGAUGCAAGCAGUAAUCUAGACGUUCUUUUUGCCGUGAACAAGGGUGUCGAGUACAUUCCAAAAGAUAGGCUGAAGAGGAAGGUAGCUAAGUUGGCAGAAGAUUUUACUACUGAGAUGGGCGUCGUGGUUGUCAAGGUGAUAUCUGAUAUCUGUGAGAGGGGGAUGUGUGAAGGGGGCACCUGCGUCGGCUACGUGGAGUUUGAUAAAGACAGCCUCGCACCUGUGUUUAUGGAUGGGGGAAGCUUUGUAUCGGCCAAACACAGAUACACCUACGAGUGUGAAUGCCCAAAUGGAAACAUUGGAGACAAUUGCCUACCAAACCCGACCAGUUGUUCGGAGAGCCCAUGUCCAGUGUACAAGGAGUGUGUGGCCGACCCACAACAUGGGUACCAGUGUGUGUGCCCGGACGGGCUCACAGGGAAAAGGUGUGAGAAGGACCUUGAUAACAAGUGUGAUAACACCAACUGUCACAGAGGAGAUUCUCCUAUGACGUUUGCUGGGAACAGUUAUGCCAAGUGGACAUUGUUGAACCCGAUUGACAUGCGACUGACCCUGUCAAUGAGAAUCAAGACUAUCAAGGAGACAGCCAGCCUCAUGUUCGCCAAGGGAAGAGUGGACUAUAGCAUUCUGGAGUUGGUGAACGGUAUGGUACAGUACCGGUUUGACUGUGGGAGCGGUGAGGGUCUCGUGCUUAUACCCAACCACAUCAGUGAUGGAAAGUGGCAUACCAUCAUGGUCGAGCGCCAUAAAAACUUUGCAGAGCUCUUCCUUGACGGCCAGUUUUCCGCCAUCACGACAGCCCCUGGGAUCAAUGAUGUCCUCAAUCUGGAUAAUAGCGACGUCUACUUUGGUGCCGAGGUGGAGACGUACAGUAAUGGUUACAUUGAUGUUCGGAAGGGUUUCAGGGGAUGUAUCGAAGAUAUCCAGCUGCACAAUGUUCGACUGCCCGUCACUGGGAGUAACGCUGUGGCCCUCUCUCAACAGUUUGAACAUCUGGAAUUUUCAUGCAAGGACAGCGACUUUAUAAUCGACAGCUCAAAUGUAUGCAGUAGUUUCCCCUGUAUGAAUGGUGGAAAAUGUGAGGCGACGUCAGCCAACUCGUACAUGUGUCGUUGUGGCGAGCGGUUCCAGGGACUCCGCUGUGAGAUUGAUAAGGACCCUUGUCAGCGGAUGCCUUGUCUCAACAACGGUGUGUGCGCGAAUUUGAAGGGCGUGCCGAAUGACUUCCAGUGUACAUGUCCUGGUGGCUUCCUGGGGCGACGUUGUGAGUACGGGAAGUACUGUCAGACAUCGCCAUGCCAACACGCGGGCACCUGUAUAGAAGGACCAACAUCGUACACCUGCAGGUGUGCCCCAGGAUAUGCAGGUGCACGGUGUGAGUCAAUGGAGGACAUGUGCCUGUCUAACCCAUGCGAGAAUGCAGGAACGUGCGUACAGAUGGCAAACACAUACAUGUGUAACUGCUCGGAAAUGUUCAGUGGCGUACAUUGCGAAGAGAAAAUCUUGCUGCCUCGGGUUACCUCAUCUAACGAAGGCAUUGAAAAAGAGGAGAUCUACAUCAUUGUUGGUAUUGUGUGUGGUCUGAUAGUAGUUGUAAUAGCGUUUGUGUUGGUGCGUGUGUGGCGACGCAAAAAGAACCAACGUCACCACAAUGUCACGGCUGGUGUGCCAGGAGAUGGCAACGAGGUGUACCUCAACCUGCACAAGAGUGACAAACACAACUACAAGGCAGAGAACAUCCUCAAGAUCGACAACAUGAACAAUAAACGAAAGACACCUCCGUCCCCUCAACCUCCGCCCGUUCCAGAGCGCCCGGCUUCUUACACACCCAGUGCUCGAGACUCCAUUAACACGCUCAACAACUUUGACCAGCUCCGUAACUGUAACUAUGGCAGUGCAGCAGAUGACCUAGAAAGCAUUCCCAAUAUUUCGCCCUACAACUCUGACUUUCUGCAAACAUUUGCCCAACCUGGCCGCUCCAUUGCAAGUGUUCAACCAACUAUGUCAUCACUUCCCAGCAGCGAUAAUGACUCUUUACAGAAAGAACCAUGGGAACGAGCGUGCCAAAAUAUUCUCCAGAAUUAUAUCUCAGACAAGCACAGCGAUAAGAUGUCGAAGCUGAUGCCGGUUGGCACGGUGAUGCCCAUGAGUCACCUUGAAGGUCAAGGUCAGGAGACGAGCUCUGUUGGCAGCCUGCCAAUCUCGGAGUCGGAGGAUGACCAGCAAGAAACUAGGAAAAAAAGGAGAAAAGUCUAUAACUGGGAUACGUACGACUUGGCACCAGAAAAAUCUCUUCCCAACAUCAGCGAGGUACCAGCGGGCGAGUGUCCAGACUCGCCAGCCUCUAGUGGCCACCACAGCAACGAGUCAAACACACACAUAAAUAACAUUGGUCGUCACAAUGGUAUUGGACAAUAUACGACAAAUGGGGAAUUUACUGAUUCGGAAUAUGUUGGUGACUCGGAGUAUGCCGAACAUGACAUGGAAGAACCACCUGAGCUACCAAACUACGAAGAGCUCCUAGCUGAACAAAGUAGACUUCUGGACGACUACGAGAUGCCCAGAAACAUUCACGUGCAUCCUAGCUAUUAUCUGCCCCUUAAUUCAAGCUUCACGAGUGCUCAUAGUGCUGAUGAGCCUACUAAGGAAGAGAUUUGGCCUCCACCGCCCGCUUACGCCAAUAACAAUGUUGACACAAAUGUAAGCGACUCUAGUCACACAACAAGUUCGGAGGAUGAUAAUGACUCUGUGUUACACUACGGUUUUCCUGUGAACUCGAGCAAUAUCAAUAGACUGUCGAUGAUCACCACCGACAGUGAGCUGAACGUGGACAGUAAUCGCCUCUCAGCUGCCUUCACUACAGAUAGUGAGAUGAACGAUAUAGGGUACAGUCGGGGCUCCAUCGUAGAUGAUAUGUCCGAAAUCUCAGGACUAUGUGAGAUCGAAGAUAGUGAGGCCAAUAAUAGUGACAGUGACAGUGAUGACGAGAAUACGCCACUGCACACACAGAAAAUACACACUGAAGUCUAGAAUGUCCUUGAACGUCCAAUAUAGUGAUGUGAACUUAAAACUUGUGCUAUUUGAGUAACUUAAAUCCUAAAUUUAUGUCUAUUGGCUGUAAUAUCUGUUACAAGUUGCCAUAUAAUUGAAAAAUUCUGUUCAACUGGCGUUUCAAGGCUGUUGUCUCUGAAGACAAAAGUUAUUGAAAUAUUAUUAUGAUGGUGCUAUGCCCAGUUGAACAGUUUAGGAAGCAUUAAGGUCUAAUAAUAAUAAUUGCUUUGCAAUCCAUGAAACAAAGCUCUUAAACUAAACCUUUACUUUUUUAAAAUGCAAGAAAACUUGUUUUAAAGUUUUUGUUUUACUGAGGUGUUAAAUUUUAGUCUUCCUCGGAUAGUCAGAAAAAUGGACUAUAUUUGAGAAAACAGUUUUUUAUGGCAUAAAUAUUUAUGUAAUUUUGAUGUUUUUUAUAUGUUGUGAUGGCAGUUUUGGUUAUUGUUUAACAUUUUUAGGAUUGCUUAGUCUUUUCUGAAUCUUAACUGGUUGUGAUAAUAUCAAUUUUACCAAAGCUUGAUUGGUCUAUUUGUUUAUAAUAAAUGUUCCAUGUGAAGCUUAAAAGCGGCAUUUCAUUUUCAAAUUCACAACUCUGUGUCUUAAAGAUGCUGUUUUCUUGUUUGGUAUAUUUGAUAUAUAAUAAUUAUCUGUUAAGUGUUUUUGUUACCAUAACAACCACCUGACCUCAGACACUUAGUGUCUUAGAAAAAAGUGCUUCCUAGUUUGUUAAAUGUUUAAAAUGUAUAUGAUUUGCCAUGGUAACACAAUUACAUUACUAAAAUAUGUAUUUAUUGGUGGUUUAAAAGUAAAUGUGAUUGCUAUGUUACUCUGGUAAGUAAGCUAGGUGGUAAGAACGCUAGGUUGUGACUUUGUGUCUGUGUUUUUAUCAUGUCAAAUAUCUUAAAUAUCUAAACAAGGCUUGAUUUAUCAUUUUUGCUACAUUUGCCAAUUCUAGGAGACCAAGCCAUCUUUUGUCAAAAAUUCAUUAUUGUUGUUUUCAAAAUAGAAAAGUAUUUUGUUAUAAAUAUUUUUGCUACAAUGUUCUCGUAAUGUGAUUAUAAACCAGGUUUUUUUAAAGAUUUUUAUGGGCGACAUCAACACUUGUGUUCAGGCAGUUACUUUGCCAUGCAAAGAGGAAUUAAAAUAACUCCUGCCUGUUGAUACAAAUGUGUCAUCUACAAGCAAUUUUUUCUUUGUCAAGACUUGUCAAUGUUGAAAACCUGGUUAUGUUGCAUUGCUGCGUUUCUAGUUAAUAGAUUGUUUUGGAAAAACAGAUUUUUUUCUAAGGUCUAAAAUCUGACAUGUAAAGUUGUGUUUUAUCCUCUUUUUCUUAUCCUGUGUUUUACCAAUAAUUAAUUAGUUGGAUAUAUUUUUAUUUUUGCAUUUAAUGCAACAUUAAUGAUGUUAGUGUCUUUCAUUUUUUAAUUGAGAUAUAAAGUUGUGGAAAAUAUUGUAUGUUGUGAUUUUAUAGGGCCAAUGUUUGAAAAAUCAGUUUCAUCUACCAAGUAGUCAUGCAUUUUGAAGUCGCUCUGCUUUUUAAAUUUCUUGCUAGAAUGUAUUCAAGUAGAUGUGUUUUUAUUGCGCCAUAUUUGUAAGAUGAUUAAUAUCAUCAUUUCAGUAGUGUUCUAAGUCUUAAAUUAAUUCAAAAUGUGCUUUGAAUUCAAUUCAGUUCAAGAAAAUAAGUUUUACCUGUAUUGUAUAGUAAAACAGAAUAGAUUUUGCAAGGUAAACUAAGUUUUUGCAAUAAGAUCUGAUUUGUACAUGCCUUCAUUGUAUGUUUUGAAUAUCAAAAUUAUCUGUCAUUGUGUUUAUUGUUAGUUCUUAAUGAUUAAAUAUGUUUUGUAAUUAAAAUGUUAAAAC